UCCCGCCGCGCUCCGGCGGCCCCUUUAAGGCGCGCGCGGCCGGAAGGGGACCCUCUGAGAGGUCUGUGUGUAGGAGCACCCGCCGAGGGAGACCCUGCGGGAGGGGGCUGUGCCAAGGAGGGGUCCUGGCAGCCCCCCCGUGUCCCACGUGUGUCCCCUCCCCGGCCAUGUCGUGGCGGCGGCAGUGGUGCUACCUCUGCGACCUGCCCAAAACCCCCUGGGCCGUGGUGUGGGACUUCAGCGAAGCCGUCUGCCGCGGCUGCGUCAACUUCGAGGGCGCCGACCGCAUCGAACCUUUGCUGGAAGCCGCCCGCCGCCUCCGCCACGGCCGCGCCGAGCCCCGGCCCCCCCGCGCUGCGCUGCUCCCGUCCCCCCCUGAGGAAACCCCGGCGGAACGCCGCGUCCCACCAGCACCGUGCCGCCCGCACGGCGCCGAGUGCUUGGCAGAGCUGAGCGAAGCCAUGCGCGGCCGCGCCGAGGACUGGCCAGGGAAACCGCCGGCGGUGCGGGAGCGCCUCGCCGCCCUCGCCGGCUGCGCCCCUUUCAACGUCCGCUUCCGGAAGGAUCACGCGUUGGUGGGGCGAGUUUUUGCCUUUGACGCGGCGCCUCGCCCGGGUUUUGAGUUCGAGUUGAAGCUUUUCGCCGAAUACCCCUGCGGCUCUGGCAGCGUCUAUGCCGGCGUGCUGGGUCUGGCAAAACAAAUGUUCCAGGAUUGCUUGCGGGCGCCUGGGAAAGCCAUUUCCUCCGGUUACAAAUACCUGGAGUACGAGAAGCGCCAGGGCAGCGGCGACUGGCGUUUGCUGGGCGAACUCUUCACCGAAGCCGUCCGUUUUUUUCCGCCACCCGCCGGCACCCGACGCUUUGCCGCAACAACCCCCGGUGCCGCCGGCCCCGCGCCGCCGGCGCAAAGCAUCCCCCGAGGCAGCCGAACCGCGGCCGUCCCGCCGACACCCCUCGGGCGACCGUUCCCCCGAGGAAACCAGCCGGUGUCUGGCGGUGGAAUCGCCGCCGUUGUGUUGCGGGUUGUGCCGGCACCGGCUGGAGGACACCCAUUUCGUGCAGUGCCCCGCCGUGCCGGCGCACCGGUUUUGCUUCCCGUGCGCCCGGCGCGCCAUCCGGGCGCGGGGUGCCGGGGCCGAGGUGCACUGUCCCAGCGGGGGCCGGUGUCCCCUGGCCGGUUCCGGGGUCCCCUGGGCGUUCAUGCAAGGGGAGAUCGCCGCUAUUUUAGGCGGCGAUGUCCGCGUCAAGAGGGAGCGGGACCCCUGAGAACUCAGGGGGGUGGGGGGGCCCCCCCUUUCCCCAUCCGGUUUCAGGAGGUCCUACCAGAACACCACCACUACCCCCCAAAUCACGGAGGGGGGUGAUAAGUGCCUGGGCCCUUGGGGUGAGGGAUACCCCAAAGCGCUGUUGGGGGGGGGGUUAUUGGUUUGGGGGGUUUGUUUUCUUUGGGUUUUUUUGUUUUUUUUUUUUUUUUUUAUUUGAGGGGGGAUUUUUGGUCAAUAAAGCGACGCUUUUUU